CCUCUUGGAUGUAACAGGAACCUGUGCAUUUCCUAUUCUACUCUUAGCAUGGCUACAUGGCUGACUCAGAAACUGAUCCCACGGACUGGCAGCUGGCUGCAGCCUGGCCCCGGUGCUGUGGCCCUGGUCUGCAGGCGGGGGGUCGGACGGGCCUCCUCGGCCCCAGAAGACCUCUCCGCCGUGCAGGACAAGCCUCGGACGGUGGACGACCUCCCACAUGUCACUUUCUUGGAGAUGCUUUACAGACUGGUGUUUCAGGGCUUUUACAACCGUAUGCACGAGCUUCAGAUCUACGACAAGCAGCGAUACGGGCCCAUGUACAGAGACGCCUUUAAGGGCGUCUCCGUGAACACCCCAAAACUACUGGAGGAAGUCAUAAGGAAGGACGAGAAGUUUCCCUGCAGAGGAGACAUGUCCCUGUGGAAAGAGUACCGCGACAUGAAAGACUUCGGCUACGGGCCUUUCACAGAGGAGGGGGAGAAGUGGUACAACUUGAGGACGGUGCUGAACAAGCGCAUGCUCCACCCGAAGGACGCCUUCCAGUACGGUGGGAUAAUCAACAAUGUGGUGAUGGACUUCAUCGAGAAGAUCACCCACAUGCGCCAGCGCAGCCCUACAGGAGACUUUGUGACCAACUUGGCCAAUGAGCUUUAUCUCUUUUCACUAGAGGGCAUCGCCUCCAUAUUGUUUGAGACGAGGCUCGGGUGUCUGGAGGAGGAAAUCCCCGCUGGCACUCAAGAUUUCAUCGACUCCAUCGCCCAGAUGUUCUCCAACAGCAUGGCGGUGAUGAUAAGUCCCAAGUGGAGCCGCAACCUGAUGCCUUACUGGGGCCGGUACAUCGCCGGCUGGGAGGGCAUCUUCAACUUUGCGAAGGAGCUGAUUGACAAGAAGUUGGAGAUCAUUCAGGAACGCGUGAACAACGAGCAGGAAGUAGAGGGCGAGUACCUGACGUACCUCCUCGCUAACACUCAGAUGAGCACUAAAGACGUGUACGGCAGCAUCACCGAGCUUCUUCUAGCUGGAGUAGACACGACCUCCAACACCCUCACAUGGGCUCUGUACCAGCUGUCCAAGCACCCUGACAUCCAGGACAGACUUUACAAAGAAGUGUCUACGUCCGUACCAGGAGACCGGAUCCCCACAGCUGCAGAGGUCACUAAAAUGCCGUUUUUAAGAGCUGUCAUCAAGGAAACGCUCAGGAUGCAUCCUGUGGUUCCUCUGAAUGCACGCGUCAUAGCAGAGAGUGUUGCUAUUGGUGGAUGUCAGUUUCCAAAGAAUACCGCUUUCGUAUUCUGCCACUACGCCAUCAGCCACGACGAGGACACAUUCCCAGAGUCCUUCUCGUUUAAGCCAGAGCGAUGGCUCCGGGACGGACGCGAGAGGCCAAACCCUUUUGGUUCCAUCCCGUUUGGCUUCGGAGUGAGAGGCUGUGUUGGUCGACGGAUCGCUGAGCUUGAGAUGUAUUUGGCUCUGUUUCAUCUCAUCAGGCAGUUUGAAGUAAAACCAGACCCCGCGAUGGGAGAACUGAAAGGCCUCAACCGCACCGUUCUUGUUCCGGACAAACAACUCAACCUGCACUUCGUGGACAGAAGAAGUAAAACCACGACAUGAGCAGAUGUUGGAUAUGAAGAAAAAAAAAAGUGUCUUUUUUUGUGAUGAAUUCCUCAUUAUUAUGCGAGGAACACAUUUGAAACCCUUCUAAUAACAAAUGUAAAUAUAAAAUGCACGUGUUUAAGCUUUGACAUAUAGUCGUCUUAAGAAGUAAUCAUCAGUCUACAUGAGGACUUGUUUCCAGCAUUUUAAAGCGAUUUAUAAACUACUCCUAUAACACUAUAACAGGAUUAACACUAUAACAGGAUUAUAUAUAUAUAUAUAUAUUAUAUAUUUUAUAUAUUUUAUAUAUUUUUACCAUUAAAAUUGUCUUUGAAGUUCAAUAAACUGAGGGCAGCUUGACGUCUGAGCUUUAAGGAUCCAGAUUCACAAUCAAGAGUGAAGUAAUAUUUUGUAAAUAAUAAAUUGUAAUCUGUGUAAAUUCUACAGUGAUUCCACAGACUUGAAUGAAGAAAGCUUCCUUCAGCAAA